AUGCAGCUGGACAGUGUUCGUUGCAAGCCUGUAAGACCUUUAGGGGAAAAUGGACUGACAAAAACUGAUUUUCCAAGUUUAGCAAGUCCAGACAAGAUUGUUGAUCCCACAGAAGGAAAUCUGAUUGUGUUACUUCAUGACUUCUACUAUGGAGAGCAUAUAGGAGUUGGGCAGCCAGAACCGAAGACCCACACAGUGUUUAGCCUCAGCUGCUUGAAAGUUCUAAAAAAUGUCAAGUUUAUGAAUCACAUGAAGCACCAUUUGGAACUUGAGAGGCAGAGAGGUGACAGCUGGAAAAACCACACCACCUGCCAGCACUGCCUCCGCCAGUUUCCUACUCCCUUCCAGCUGCAGUGUCACAUUGAAAGUGUCCACACUCCCCAGGGGCCCUCCGCAGUCUGUCAAAUCUGUGAGUUGUCCUUUGAGACAGAUCAGGUUCUCUUAGAACACAUGAAAGACAAUCACAAGCCUGGUGAAAUGCCCUAUGUAUGCCAGGUUUGCAGUUACAGAUCAUCAUUUUUUGCAGAUGUGGAUGCACAUUUCCGAGCAUGCCAUGGUAACACUAAGACUUUACUUUGCCCGUUUUGUCUCAAAAUUUUUAAAACUGAUAUUAGCCCUGGGUAGCCUUUUAUGAAUUACACAGUUUGGGGGCACUGGGAAAAGAGUUUUCACCAGUGUUCCAAAUGUCAGCUACAGUUUUUAAAUUUCAGAGAGAAAAUGGAGCACAAGACCCAGGGUCAUCAAAUGUUUAAGAAGCCUAAGCAGCUAGAGGGAUUGUCUCCUGAAACAAAAGUUGUUAUUCAGGUAUCACUGGAACCUCAUCAACCAGGAUUGGUAGAAGUAACAUCCAUUACUGUGAAUGCAUCUGAUUCUGAACCAUCAACCCCCAAAUCUAAAACUACAAUGGAGUUGUCUGAGGAUAGUAAAUAUAGUGGAUAA